AUGGUCUCUUCUGGUUAUCACAGGCUGCUUUCCAUUUCCUUCUUCUCUCUCAUUGUCCUCAACUCUGCAAAAGCCUAUUGCGUGGACCGCAAUUUGACAGACCGGUGUUACUUCCCAUCUCACAACAAUCCUCAGAAUUUGCAACCUGUACCUUCCCCGGCACUGCAUUCGGUACCUUCACAAUCUCACAAUAAUCCUCGGAAUUUGCAACCUGUACCUUCCCCGGCACUGCAUUCGGUACCUUCACAAACUCCGUCAUCACAUGCAGUCCCUCCAUUCUCAAAUCCAUCACCACCGGCAGUUCCUUUAGUUUCAAAGCUGGUACCUUCACAAACUCCAUCACCACAUGCAGUCCCUCCUUCAUUCUCAAAUCCAUCACCACAUGCAGUCCCUCCUUCAUUCUCAAAUCCAUCACCACAUGCAGUUCCUUCAGUCUCAAAGUCGGUACCUUCACAAACUCCGCCGUCACAUGCAUUCCCUUCUUCAUUCUCAAAUCCAUCACCACAUGCAGUUCCUUCGGUCUUAAACCGAGUGUCAGACUCUGUCCCUCGUGACUCUGUCCAUGUCGCUUCUUUACUCCCUAUAACCGAUGAGGCCAUCAUGAAUAUAUGUCACUCAACUGACUACCCUCUUCUUUGCCUCUCCUCAAUCAAGCCCUACGUGAAUGGCAGGAACGACCCUCUGUCCGUGCUUGAGAUGGCGAUAAAGGCUAGUGUAGAACAUACAAAGUUGGCUCUCUCCGCCUUAGAAAGGCUGGCCACCACUUCUAGGUGUCCUGCUCCGCGCUCUGCCCUGGACUGCUGUAAGGAUAGUUAUGACGACGCUUUAGAAAACAUCUACACUGCAUUGGACGCGGUCCCUGCUCGUGACAUUGGCACCGUGAACACCAUGCUUAGCGCUGCCAUAACGGACCUUGGGGAUUGUGAAGACGAGUACUCUGGAAUGAGUUCCCUGUUGCCUAUUGCUGCUCAAAAACUGGAUAAUAUGGUUAGCAAUUGCCUUGCCAUUGUUAGCUUGAUCAAGUGAUCACUCCUCUAGUCUCAUUUCUUCACGCAUUUUAGGUUUGAAUCUAGCUCGGAGAUUGUACAUUUUCUUGUUUUGUUUCGUGUCACCAAUUUUCUAUUAUUUUUGUUUGCUGUCCUUUGUAUGAGGAGAAAUAUAAAUAUAGGGUGUUGAGAAAAGGAAGCUUUGUACUAUAUGAAAGAUCUGCAACCUCUUUUAUACUAGUAGUAUUCUUUAGCCAAUUCACGCCAUUCUUCUACA